UCUCUCGAUUUGCUAGGAAAAGUACUGGGCUGCGAGCGGCGAGGUCGGGGCGAAUUGAAUCUUGAGUCUGGCGCGCCUUCAAGUUGGCGCGGCUUAAAAACGGACCUGUUCAUUGUGUAAUCAAACAGCUGAUCGAGACACUCGUCCUAUGAAAAGGUGUGUGUCAGUGAGCCCAUCUCGUCACAACUCCAAGAAAAGCCAACGAGGACAUAUCAACUUAUCAAGUUAUCUUUUGAUUUUAAGUUAUCAAGUAAAUCAGAAUCAUCAUGAGUAGAGUGUGUAAUUUCGCUGCUGGACCAGCUAAACUGCCCGAUCAGGUAUUGAUGAAAGCACAGAAAGAGCUUAUGAACUACCAAGGUCUGGGAUAUGGAGUCAUGGAAAUGAGUCACAGGUCAGCUGAAUUUACAGCCAUCUUAACCAAUGCCCAGCAAUCUCUCAGAGAGCUCUUGAAAGUUCCUGACAACUACAAGAUCCUCUUCCUGCAGGGCGGUGGCACUGGCCAGUUCAGCGCCGUACCCCUCAACCUUCUGAAGAGGAAGAAGGCCGAUUACAUCCCAACAGGCAUGUGGUCUGUCAAGGCAGCCAAGGAAGGGCUCAAGUACGGAACUACCAGGGAGGUGUUCCCCAAACCAGCCAAAUAUACCUCAAUCCCACAUCCUGAUACAUGGGAUAUGGAUCCAGAGGCUGAAUAUGUAUUCUACUGUGCAAAUGAAACUAUUAACGGUGUUGAAUUUCAGUUUGUGCCAGAGACGAAUGGUAUCCCACUGGUUUGUGACAUGUCUUCAAAUUUCCUUUCAAGGCCUGUUGAUGUUUCCAAGUAUGGCCUGAUCUUUGCUGGUGCUCAGAAGAACAUUGGCUGUGCUGGAGUAACGGUUGUGAUUGUUCGAGAUGAUUUGAUUGGUGAAGCUCUCACUGAGUGUCCUAUCAUCUUUGAUUACAAGCAACAAGCCGCGAGCAAUUCAACCUACAAUACACCACCAGUUUACAGUAUUUACAUCAUGGGUCUUGUUUUUGACUGGAUCAAGGAAAAUGGCGGUGUUGAUCAGAUGGAAGAAUGGAGCAUUGCUAAGUCCAAUCUCAUCUUUGAUACCAUUGACAACUCCAAUGGAUUCUUCAGCUGCCCAAUUGACAAGGAUGCCCGUAGCAGGAUGAAUAUUCCUUUCAGAAUAGGUGGUGCUGCCGGCAAUGAGGAGCUAGAGAAAGCCUUUGUUGCCGAGGCGUUAUCGCGAGGAAUGGCUGCACUUAAAGGACACAGGACAGUCGGUGGUCUGCGUGCCUCAUUGUACAAUGCUACAACUGUUGAGGAGACAAGAAAGUUGGCUAACUUCAUGAAGGAAUUCCAGAAUAGACACGAAGGAAAUACCACUUUCAGUGCUGCUGUCCCCCAGAAAUCGGAUAUCGCUAGCCAGCUGAAAAGCAGCUCUGCUAAAGCCGUUUGCAAUGGACUUACUAAUGGCCACCAUGCCAAUGGUGUUGUAAGGACUUAGAUGAAAUGAAUGAAGACAGUGACAUUUUGAACCGAAAAAUUCACUGGUGCCAUUACUCUUCCACGAAAGAAGACUGUCUACGUUUAUCAAUGCAUUUUUAUCAGUGACGACUACUCAGGAUGUCUGCUGCCAUAUAUUGCAGGUCCAACUCGACAUGUAUCUUGACGGAGUGUAAAGCCUUCACUUGACAGCUGGCAUUUGUUGUAUGGAUCAUAUUGAAAUAUCAUGACAAAAGUAAUUAUAUAUGUGUACAUUGAUCUACAUUCACUGAUAGUAUUGAUGAAAGUACGAUUGUAGGAACAAACUUGAGCUUCUUUCACACACCUAUAUAUUAUUUUGAAAGUCCACUCCUGAGAGAUAUUUCAAUUUAAUAUUUUUCAUAGAGUCUUGUGCAAAAAACAACUGGAAUAUAUCAAGCCAAGGAGGGCUAUUCAAUCAUAGAAGAACAAAACUAUUUUGGGGGCAUCUCUUAAUCUGGUCAAUUUUCAAGGCAUGCAUAAGUUUAUGAUCAACUUCAAGACACUCAUGGUAGUUUGCUUGUAUUGCAGAUAUGCAUCAGGGUCAUUCGAAGUACUUACAGUACUGUAUCUAUUCAUUUCACAAUUUCAUCAUUAUUCAUUCACUUUUGAAAACAAAUUUGUGAUUGUAUGUAAUUGUAUCUAUCGUGAAGGCCUUUAUAUGUAUUGUGUUAUAACAAAAUAUAAAGGAGGAUUCCAAAUCUAAGAGCAGUAAUUGUGAAUCUAUACAUGAUGCCCAAAGUAAUUGCUAUUAGUUUCAAUGGUCAAUCAGAAAUGUGAAAUGUUUUGUAGAUUUGACAGCUGUGCUGCUAUAAGCAGUUAUGAUAUUGAUAUCUCUUGAUGUUCUUCAUUGUGAUAUGUUUAUUUUAAAAGUGAUUGUUCUUAUUCAUUCUUUUUCUUGUCAGUAGAAAUAAAAGUACAGGGUUAGUUUUCAAUAGGAAGAAAAUAAGAUGAAUACACUAGCAGCUUACAUGCAGCUGACUUUGCGUUUACAAUCAGUUUAGUAAGAAGCUCCCUCAUGAGCAAGGAGAACCAUGUGUAGUAUUACUUCAUCCACAUAUUUUAGCUUUCUUUGGAAUUUAGAUUGCCUUUUAUCUUUGGUUUUCUUUUUCUUUUCUUUUGGCCUUCUUCACUUUUUAAUAUGAUUCAUCGAGUAUAUUAUGCAAAUUACGAUUAGUGUGUGUCCGAUAUCAAAUCUAUAGGUUUACAUACCUAAAUGCCUGAUAUGUAAGUUUUUUCGAUCAAAGUAUUCUUUUGCUUUUAUUGUUGCUUAUUGAGAAUGAUGAUACCUAAAAUGUUUGUGAAAAGAACAUUUGUAAGAUUGCUACAUUCAACUUUCGGAGAAUUGACUCAUUUGUAGUAAAUUUGUAGUUUUAAAAGAAAUAUAUAUAUAUUUUUUAUUGAGGUUUUAUGUGAGGUGGAGGCAGAAUUGCAGGUCACAUUUCUAAGCUCCACUUUCAAUGAUUUCUAUCUGGUGGGUGUUUCAUAAAGCUGAGAAAAAGUUACAAGCGACUUAAUGAACCACCGGUGAUCAUUUCUUAGGAACUAAAUCAAAACCUAUGCAAAUCUGGGGUAUAGCAUUUACCACCAAAAAGGUCACCAAUCAUUCACAAAGUCACUUGUAACUUACAAACAGCUUUAUGAAACGCCCCUCUGGAUACUUUUAUUUUAAUAUAUAUUUGAUGUGUUAUGUGUGGAACUCUUGAGCUGAGAAUGCAUGAUUGGCUUGACCUUAUGUAAGUAAUGAUUUUCUUGCUCAAUAUUUCACGCUCUAAGACAGGCUAAGUAUGUUGUUUAUGUAUGAGACAGGGAUGUUGGAUAAAAGCUGUUCAAAAGUUACAAAAUUCUGUACAAAAACACCUAGAAUAUUGCAAGCUGAAUGUGAUACUUUUCAAAUUAAAACUGAUAAAGAAAGAAAAGUGAAUAAUAGUGUUCUUAUUGUUAAUAGUUGGCAGAGUUGGCACUUGCAAGACAUUUUAAUCUGAAGUGUAUUUUCUUAACAAUUUGGAUCUUUUUUGAAAUAGGGUCAUGCUUCCUUACACUACCUUGUCAUUAUACAUCAUAAAGUAUUUGGCAAAAAAGUAUUUGCUUAUCAUACUGUAAAUUAUAUUAUUUUCCUUUGUCUUUUCUUUUGCUCAAUUUUAAACAAAGGAAAAUAACAAAAGCAAAGAUAUUGACUUUACUUGCCAAUUGACGUGGUAUAUAUUCAUAUAUACAUAUAUAUGUAUAUUAAUAUGGUGUUAUUGAUUAUUUUAUUUUCUUAAAACAUUUUUGGACGAAAUUGUUUGGAUGAAUAUACUUUAUCGCUUUUGAUCAUGAUAAUGGAAUACAAUACUUCAGAACGAACAUCAUCAAUAUAUUCUACAUUGUAGUUGAAUAUAGUAAAAAGCAAUUAUAAACAGAUAAUGAUGAUUAUUCUUGAUUAUCAUUGGAUUGAUAUGCAGGAGAUUAAUUAUCUUUUCCUAGGAAAUUACAUAUCUGAUGCCUUUGAAAAAUCGUUAAGUCAUCACAUUAAUAAUAUUGUGGUCAUGCAAAACAUCAACAGCACAAGUGCAGGAUGAGAGAAACUAAUAGUUCAUGCUAAGCUUUUGUGCAAAGGGUUCCUUAGCGAAACAGAAGUAUUAUCAUGUCCAUGAUUUAUAUUUGCAGUUGUAUAGAUGUUUUUGUGAUAAACCACUUCUCAUGUAUAAAUAUGAUAUUUCAGCUAUCAUUGUCAUGUUAUGUGCAUUUUUCCAUUUACGGCACCAUACAAUGUAAACCAACAGAUUUAGACGUGUAUAAAUAUAUAAAAACUGAACACUGACAAAUGA